UCGGGGCAGGCGGGUUUUUAAGCCAGGGGUUUCCCCCCCUCGCCGGCAUUCGGACGGGAAGGCCUUCCGUGGCUUCACUACCAGCUCUUCCCCUCCAUGUGGCUGGGAUUUGAACACUAACCCAAAACAUGGGGGUCCCAGCCGAAGCGGGAAAGGGCCGAGCCUUCCUUUGGGCAGUCCUGUUGUCCACUUUGGUGCUCUCUCCAACCUUGGCCAUCAAAGUUUACACGGCGAACGAGGUCCACGGCACGGUGGGUUCCAAAAUUAAACUCUCUUGCUCCUUCUGGUCCAACGAGUGGAUCUCUGAUGACAUUUCCAUCACGUGGCACUUUCAGCCUGAACGUGGAAAGGACAGCAUUUCGAUAUUUCACUAUGCCAAAGGCCAGCACUACAUCGACAACGUUGGGUCCUUCAAGGAGCGGAUUGAGUGGAUCGGAGACCCUAGCUGGAAAGAUGGCUCCAUUAUCAUCCAUGACCUGGAAUACACCGACAAUGGGACCUACACUUGCGACGUCAAAAAUCCACCGGAUAUUGUGGGGAGAACAUCACAGGUCACCCUCUAUGUCUUUGAGAAUGUUCCUACGAGAUACGGCCAAGUCCUGGGAGGCAUUAUUGGAGGCGUCUUACUCGUGGUCUUAGUAGUCCUGCUGAUAGCUUACCUCAUCAGGUACUGCUGGCUGAGGAGACAAGCCACCCUCCAGAGGCGUCUCAGCGCGAUGGAGAAAGGGAAACUGAGGCUGGGGAAGGAUUCUUCCAAACGACGCCAUCAGACCCCUGUCCUGUACGCCAUGCUGGACCACAGCCGCUUCACCAAGCCGAGCGACAAAAAAUCCCGGGGAGGAUUCGGGGACUCGCGCAAAGAUAAGAAAUAGCGGUUAGCCGGCAGAGAAGGUAUCGAGAAGAAGGCGGCCAAGAAACAGGUGGUCAUGACCAUCGAGAUGGAAACGAAGAAGGACCACCACGAGGCCGAAGGCUUCAAGCCCGCCGUCAAAUCCCCCAGCAAGAACAGCCUCAAAAACGCGCUCAUGAAUAUCCUUAAAAGCGAUUCGGACGUCUAAUUCGAACACGGGGGCCUUUCCAGGCCCUUCUCUUCUCACCCCCCCCGGGAGGUCCCUUUCUCUUCCACCCAGUCCUCUUGGCUUUGCUAGGACCACCAGAUCGAGGGUGCAGUACCUCUGACGGCCAGCUGGUGGCAGCAAGGAAUUGGUUUGGGGUCCUCCGCUGCCACCUGCUGGCCGUUGGGAAGGCUGCAGUCCAGCCAUGAUGUUUUAAUACACAUUUCUCAAUUUCAUCAUAUUCAAAAUGUGUGGACUUCAACUGCCUGAUUUUUGGCUGGCAAAUUCUGGGCAUUGUAGUCCACCGUUCUUAAAUCUGCUGAAGUUAAGAAAAGCAUUUACUAGUUGUGUGGUCACCUGUACUGCUACAAUAAUCAGUCUAACCAGGGGCUGAUAGCAUUUGGUAUCAACAAACUGACAUACAUUCCUUUUUUUCCUGCAAUUUUGUAGAGGAAUCUUGGUUUGCGUGGCACAAUCGGGCUAGGAAGAAUUCCUACGUUAAGAACACAAAGUUUAAACAAAAAAAUAAUAAUAAUUCCGAGAUUCCAUCCUCUAUACAAGUAGUCCUCAAUUUACGACCUCAAGAAAGGCUGGAAAAUUCAUUGUUAAGCGGUGUGGUUGUUAAGUGAGACACCCCACGUGAGUGACUUGCAACCUUCCUCGCUGGCUUUCCCCUGUUGGGAAGAUCACAAAUGCUGGUUUGCGGGUGCUGUGAUUGUUGUCAAACAUCAUCGCCGUUUCCAAGCGCUCAAACCACGAUCUUAUUGUGAUGGUUGUAGGUGCGAGGACCAGUCGUAAGGCGCUUUUUCCAGCACUGUUAUAACUUUGAAUGGUCGCUAAACAAAUGACGGUCAGUUGAGAACUAGCUGUGUUUCAGUGUCUUCUGCUAAGGAAGAUCGGAAACAAACCUUGAUCGGUGACGAACCAACAUUAGCUCUUUGUACCCUUCCGAUGUGUCCCAAACUCAGCAACUCGGGUAAACGCACAUGCGUCAAUAAAUCGCGAAAAUAUGCAGGAUAUUUAUUGAUCAUUUUCAUUAAAGAGAGAUUCCCAUCGGCCCCUGGAACCCCGUCAAUCGCCAACGAGGAUAAAAUCCAACUGGGUGUUUCCAUCCUUUGGACCCUCCCGAGUCUUAUAAAUUGGCCCAAAAGAUGCAAAAAAUUCUCCCUUAAAACGGUGCCUUCUUCUGCUUUAACCGCUGUGACCCUCUUCCGCUCCACGAUUCGAGCACAGGUGUAAUUUUUUUUUCUUAAGAUUUUUUUUCCUUUUUUUUUUUUUAAUUUAAUCCAAAGGACCAGAUUCUAGUCGGUCGCAUCUCAACAAACUCACACAAAGAUGGUUUAAUUUCCCUCAGGCCAAAAAUUCUAUCCAGGAGGGACGGACAAAAAUGUCGCUUUGGCCACCAUCACGGGCCCCUCCUGAGCGAAAAUUCUCAACAAAAUUAAAGAAGAAGAAGAAAAAAAAAACAAUAUUUUAAAACAAAAGGCCCCAAAUUCUUCUCUCUCUCUCUCCCUCUCCCUCCCUCCCUCCCUGAUCAGUGGUGGUAUCCAUCUGGUUCUAUCCGGUUCGGGUGAACCGGUAGCGGUGGCUGCAGGAGGCUCCGCCCACCCGCCCGGACAUCAUCACGUCCUGUUUUUGACGCUCUCCGCAUAUGAACCGGUAGCGAAGGUAACUAAAUGCCACCUCUGUCUCUGAUUCUACGAGUAGCGAUCCAAUUUUAGGCCAAAUUCGGCGCUUCCUGCUUGAGCAAAGCAUCUGAGAGAUUUCAGGGCGAGUGAAAAAAAAGUAAUCGUCGUUUAAAAAAAUAAUAAUAACCCAUUAAGACAAUCCCUAAAAUUUCUCAGGGAGGGGGUUUUGCUCCAUGUUACAAGAGGCUGCACAAUUUGGCCUUCUGGAAAAAUUCUCACCCCUGUUGCAAAGAGUUGCAAAUUCUCAUCCCGUUUGCAAAUCCCUAGAAGAGAAAUGGGGGGGAAAAAAUGCAGAUUAUUCUGCCAGUUUUUUCCCCCGGAAGUCUGUCGAAACAGACGGAUUUAUAAUUUCUGUUCUGACUUGUUUGACAACCUCGGGGCGUCCCCCGAGAGGGAAAUUAAACCGUCGUCUUGACAGUCGCGAAAACCUCGCCGCACGAUCUGCAAAAGCGGGGAUUGGGAAUGAAAUUUACGAUUAACCUUGUGGAGAUAUUAUAUCGAUUUUUUUUUUCCUUUCCUUGCUUGCGCUCUCUGCCCGGUGACCGAAUUCUGCAUGACGUUACGUGGGUAGGGCAAAAAAAAAAUCAAGGCUUCGAUUUGUCUCCAUUAUUUUUGCUCCUGUUGGGGUGUUGUUUUUUUUUAAUUAUUAUUAUUCUGUUCAAAUUAACUUCUAAGGACAGCAUGUUCCAUCAGCAGCAAAACAGCCAAAGGCAAGACUCUCAUUUUGUUAGCAAACACCACAGCUUUGUUUUGUGCGUUUUAACAAAAUCACAGAGUUGGAUGGGAUCUUGGAGGUCUUCUAGUCCAACCCUUUGCUCCAAGCAGGAAAACACUAUCCUAUUUCAGACACUUUCUACCGAUUUCCCAGUCUCUUUCUUGUCUUCAAAUCUCACAACCUCAAACGACGGUGCUAAAAGCGAUGUACAUAAAAGCAGACGAUUCCCGCAACCACACCGCUCUGUGUCGCGAGUAGUUUUAGAAAACUAAACUGGUUUUUUUUUAAAAAAAAAAUGGGUUUUUUUUUCCAUAUGUACAAUUUUCUCGGGGUUUUCUGGGCCCCGGGAUUGUCUUUCAAACAGCCUCCGCCAAAAAAACAAACGACAUCAUUAAAAUGAAAAAGAAUUAAUAAAAAGACUGACAUUUCUGUA